UUAAGUGCACUUAUGUUGUGCAAUUUAAAAUGUGUACUUUGUGUCUAAUGUGAAUGAAUGUUUUGUCAAGGAUUAGCUACCUGAUCUACUGAAAUUAGAUAAUUGAACAAGAAAAAAGAGAAUAUAUUUUUACAGAAUAAAGGAAGUGCCAGAACUGUCAACACUAACUUUUGUGUCCUUUUGUCUACAUAACUACAGGCCGACUCAGAUUAAUAGGCCGUUAACAUCAACAGUGAGGACAAACCCAGCCUGCUUCUUUCCUUCAACACCGAGUCUGAACCUAUAGUCACUGGGUCCUGAUUGUGACAGUGGAGUCCAGUUUGCACUGCAGGACCCAGAGAUGGCAUCAGUGAAGCUGGAAGACUGCAGUCAAACACUGGAGCUGAAUGUCAUCAUUAAAGAUGAAGAAGAGGAGGAGGAGAUUGGUACAUCUGUUAGUCAUGGAGACCAUGUUGAGACAUUCUCUACAUCCAGAGAGGAACAGCAGGAAGGUCACAGAGCUAAGAGGUCUCACCACUGCCCACAUUGUGAGGAGAUUUUCCCAAUUCUAUCAAAGCUAAAAAUACAUCUAAAAAUACACACAGGAGAGAAGCCUUACUCCUGCUCCGACUGUGGGGGGAGAUUCUCCCGAUUGGAUACGUUAAAAUGUCACCACCGAAUACAUACAGGAGAGAAGCCUUACUCCUGCUUUGACUGUGGUAAAUGCUUUAAAACAUCAACUGAGCUAAAAUCUCAUCAGCGAAGACACACAGGAGAGAAGCCUUACUCCUGCUCUGACUGUGCAGAGAGUUUCUCCAGAUUGGAUACCUUAAAAUGUCACCAACAAAUGCAUACAGGAGUGAAGCCUUACUCCUGCUCUGAAUGUGGAAAGAGUUUCUCUCAACAGGGCAACUUAAAAACACACCAACGUAUACAUAAAGGAGAGAAGCCUUACUCCUGCUCUGACUGUGGGAAAGGCUUUAAAACAUCAACUGAGCUAAAAUCUCACCAGAGAACUCACACAGGAGAGAAGCCUCACUACUGCUCUGACUGUGGGGCUAGUUUCUCUCAAUUGAGCAAUUUAAGAAGACACCAACGUAUACAUAAAGGAGAGAAGCCUUACCACUGCUCUGACUGUGGGACGAGUUUCUCUCAAUUGAGCAACUUAAAAACGCACCAACGCAUACAUAAAGGAGAGAAGUUCUCUCAGACCAGCUAAGAUUAAAGUCACUCCAUCACUUAAUUCUCAUUUGAUAAAGGAAGUGGUAACAGUGAAUUUGAUCAAAUGAAGAAAGCGUAGAACACUCGAUUGAAAUCCAAUUGUUUCUCAUUGUGAGAGAACUGUGCAGAGGAAAAGGAGUGUUAUAGAAUGUUAACCUCUCUUUACUUUGCUGAUCAGUGUGCACCUUGUCAGUUUUGGUGUGUUUUGUUAGAUUCUACUGUAAACAUGUUGAGAUUACCUGGAUUUUCCCUUAGUGUUGAAAACCCUCUGAGGGAUCACUUGUUAAAACAAUGCAGUGUGAUGGUUGACUGGGUGGUACGGCUUCCUUCUGCAGUUUUCUGUUGGAAUGAGUUUGUAGACACAACAUGUAUCAGAUAGAGAUGGGGUGAUGAUCAGUUUUCACCACUAAUUUGGGUAUAUUAUUUUUGCUAUUAAUCAACUUUGUUUAAUGAUAAACAGGCUUUGAAACAUCAACACUGAAAAAAAAUAUAUAUAAAUGCAACAUGUUUUUAAUUUUUAUUUAACCAGGUAGGCUAGUUGAGAACACCUUUAUUUAACCAGGUAGGCUAGUUGAGAACACCUUUAUUUAACCAGGUAGGCUAGUUGAGAACACCUUUAUUUAACCAGGUAGGCUAGUUGAGAACACCUUUAUUUAACCAGGUAGGCUAGUUGAGAACACCUUUAUUUAACCAGGUAGGCUAGUUGAGAACACCUUUAUUUAACCAGGUAGGCUAGUUGAGAACACCUUUAUUUAACCAGGUAGGCUAGUUGAGAACACCUUUAUUUAACCAGGUAGGCUAGUUGAUAACAAGUUCUCAUUUGCAACCUGCAGACCUGGCAGACCUGGCAGACCUGGCAGACCUGUGAUGUGUUGGUCCCAUGUUUCAAGACCAGAAAUGUUCCAUAUGCACAAAAAGGGUAUUUCUCUCAAAUCCUGUGCUCAAAAUAGUUUCCAUCCCUGUUAGUUAGCAUUUCUUCUUUGCCAAUAUAAUCCAUCCAUCUGACAGAUGUGGCAUAUCAAGAAGCUGAUUAAACAGCAUGAUCAUUACACAGCUGAACCUUGUGCUGGGAACAAUACAAGGACAGCCUAAAAUAUGCAGGUUUGUCACACAACCCAAUGCCACAGAUGUCUCAUGUUUUAAGGGAAUGUGCAAUUGGCAUGCUGACUGUAGGAAUACCCACCAGAGCUGUAGCCAGAUAAUUGAAUGUUCAUUUCCCUACAAUAAGCUGCCUCCAACAUUGUUUUAGAGAAUUUGGCAGUACCUCCAACUGGCCUCAACCGCAGACCAUGUGUAUGGUGUUGUGUGGGCGAGCGGUUUGCUGAUGUGAAUGUUGUGAACAGAGUGCCCCAUGGUGGCAGUGAGGUUAUGGUAUUGUUAGGCAUAAACUACGGACAACAAACACAAUUUUUGUGCCAUUCAUCCGCCGCCAUCACCUCAUGUUUCAGCAUGAUAUAAUGCAGCUUUGUGAGGCUCAUUUGAACUUCUUGAAUUUCUGGGAUCUUUUUUAUUUCAACUUCAUGAAACAUUGGACCAACACUUUACGUUGCGUUUAUAUUUUGUAGAUUUGUUAUUUUAGUCAUUGAUAAUUCAUGUAUUUGGAUAACUGGAGUGAACUUAAUUGAUCUACUAAUGAAAAAUAAAUGUUCUACAUUAA